GCCUUGAUGGUUCCCCUCAAGCUUAAACAUCAAGUACCUAACCUGUUUAUAGUUACGCGUGCGCUUUGCACGAACCAUGCUUGAAUACGGCGAUUUUUUAACGGUAGCACCGUUGAGCGAUCUUGAACUUGUAUUGGGGUAGAAGUUUUCUAUGGUGGAUGAUUAAUUUGUGCGACAGGGCUGAUAAGAUAAGUGUCGGUCCGGUUCAACGGUUCUUGCAAAUUUUCCGAAAUCAUGGCUGGAAUUGUACCAUUGUCUAGCAGAUCUGGUCGAAAACAAUGGACACUCCACGAUGGACCACAAGGAUCUCUCAGAAGAUUGCGAUCGCAACUUGCCGAAGACGGUUGUCCGGAAUCCCAAGUUGUUUUAGCUAAGCAACUAUUAGAAGAAAGAUGUGAUCUAGAUGUUGAUAAGGAGGAGAAUGCAAAGUUGGGUGUAUAUUGGCUUACAAAAGCUUCGGAACAGGGUAAUUUGGAAGCAACAGAUAUCCUCAGGAAAUGCUCAGCAUCUGGCCGUGGCAUUACCGAACACAAUUAUUAUGAUGUAAAGAACUGUCUAGAUAUGACUCAAGAUGAGAAACUGGCCAGGAGAGCAGCAAGAGAAAUGUUUACUAGUCUUUCGAACGGAGAAGAUUUUAUUACGACAGAGCAGUUGCAAAGACGAAUGAGAGAUUUAGCAUCAAAUUUAACCAGUACUGCUAGUUGUUCUCGUUUGAAUAACAUGCCACAGAAUAACACACAGAAGGAUGUAAAUGAUGUUUCCACUGACAACUUCUUCAAAAGUGAGCCAUCAGAAGACUCUGUACCUAAAAAAGAAGAAGAAAAGGCGAAUGAUGUUCAUGAUUGGAUAAAUUGCCAAGGAGAGAAGAUUACAGAAGCAGCUCUAGUUUCUGCUGCUGCCAGUUAUGCUAGGGGGAUGCUUCCCAUAGUUUCACAUGCUCUCUGCAUGGUAGACACGUCGCAAAUGGCAUUGGACACCAUACCACUGCUCCAAAGACCUUUGAUACAUCCUCUUGCAUCUUUGAAGCGACUCUACAUUUGGUUGAUAGAAACAUUAGGGCAAAGAGGCAUGUCGAUCAGAAAGUUUCUCUUCACAUCAAACGUUCAUGUGUUAUUGUUACUUUUAUUGUAUUCAUUGGUUGGUACAGAGAGCCUGAUCCUUUUUAUACCGAUGGCGCUAUACUAUCUGUCUUUUAUCGUGAUGGUUAUAGCCACUUUCCAAAUGUUACAACGAAAACGUGAAUUCAAUCAGUUUCGUGUUUGGUCAGGUUUAUUUCUCAGUUACUCAGGGGGUAACCUGAAUCCCGAAGAAGCAGAGUAUCAACACUGCUGUAACAAUUUGAAACCUUACGCUCACUUCUUUCUCGCGUUGCUUCUAAAUCUAAUGAUUUAUCCUAUUAUCGCACACCAAUGGACGCCUCAGUCAGAGUUCACAAUUAUAGCGGUUGCAUUAACAUUGGUGACUCUGUUGAACUUCAUGUGGAAGGACUCAUCGAAAUUUCCAGAUUUCUUAGCACUGUUUAGUUUUAGUGUUCACGUUCUAGCUAAAUAUCCAUACGAAACUGAUAUCGUAGUUGCCCAAGGAUGGAGAUUCCUGGAUAUUAGAGUACCUACAUUCGCCUCUUAUGUUGUGGGCAAUGGUAUCGAGUUUUGCUUGAAUUUUCGUGCCGUUUUCUAUCUCUUGAUCCCAGCAGUUUUCGCAAAAAUGGCCGCUCAGGACAACUGGCGGGGCACUUAUCAGACUUUGAUACCUCAUUGUGUGACACUCAGCUGGUGGCAGAUAGCGAUUUUCAGUUCUCAAGGUGCAACCUGGUAUGGAUUAAUUAGAGGUGCUCUUGCGCUGGUUGGCAUGGUCCUUUUCCUACCAUUGGCAGGUUUAGCGUCCAUUAUUUUGCCAAUAGUGGCCGCUGCUAAAUAUUUAUCUGAGAGUGAUAUAGCCAUGAGGAUAACAGUAACUGCUUUGCUCGGAGGAAUGCCAUUUUUCGCCUCUUGGUAUUUAAGGAGAGCUAGAACCCCUAGGUUUAACUGGAUCAUUACGGUUGUCCAGCUAUUUCUGGGCAUUGGUGCCGGUAUGUUCCUGUGCUGGCCGGUGAUCAUGGAAUAUAAGCAGGAACCAGACAGAUUCAAGGUGAUUUCAACACUCUCAUGGGAACAGUAUCAGAAUUACUGUCACCAGCCUGCCUGGGAGGAAUUAUCAUCCAAAGCCCAAGUACAGAUCCAGUGUGCCGAUAUGGAAGGAAUAGUGGUUUCGUGGGAAGGCUAUGUGACCAAUAUUAAAUUAAGAACGUUGAAGAAUAACGUGGCGACGGUCUUCGACAAAUUACCCGACAGUAUUAGGGACACGAUCGGUUGUAUCUACGGUGAACCAUAUUCAAAUAAUUGCGACUUGAUUGACCAGCCGCGACAAAAGAAUUGUAGACAGAUUGCAAACAUUCAGAGGCGGAAAAACAAAUGCCAUUUUCCUGCUUGGAAUCGGUACGAGUUUGAAAUCUCUGUGAAGAUGAAAAGCGGUAUGUGGGGAAACAACGCGGAGGUUCUGCUCAUAGCCGACCAUUCGUUCACGAAUUUUAGCCUCAACAUUUAUCCAGGGGACAAAAUUUGGUUCUCUGGUACCCUGCUGAAUUAUGGUUUGGAGGAAGAAUCCCUGCUGGGUGGUGCAGAACCACAUGUUCAAUUGGAAGAGAUCGGUUGUCUCGCGUGUCACUCUAUCGAUUUGAAGUCUUACAAACGCUAUAAGUAUCACAUAACGUUCAGUUCGAUUUUAAGCGACCUUUGUCUAAGUAUAAAAACUGUUUUAAACUUUUUGUUUAACCCCAUCGUGAUGUUCAAGUAACCGUGCGCUGUAUGGUCGUGUAAUCUGAUGUACACGUAGGGCGUAUCGAAUCGCAACGUUUAUUAUUAUUAUAAUUGUUUACUGGAGAUCUUUGAACGUGUAUCUACAAACAUAUUAAGACAAAUGUGUCGAAUUCUCCUUACUAUAACGAUUUUCGUGUAUUACAGUUUCUUUCUUUUUAUAGUAAAGUUGUUAUACAAUUUAUUCUAGUUGAAUUGAAGUUAUUGUUGUUUAGAUAACUGAUAUAGAUUAAAUGAGAAAACUUUUUUAACCGAUAUAUGUAUAGAAUAAUACAAGCAUAUUUUGAUGUUACCAACGCCUCAGGCAUUAGAAGACUCAAUCGAGAACACAGAAAAUGUCUAUGUCACAGAGUGUACACUUGUAUGCAUACGUAAGUAUGUAUAUUUUAAGAAUGACAUAUUUUCGUAAGCAUUACUGCCAGUUAUAGAGACAGGUGUGCUUAAUAUUUUUCUAUUCCGUAUACGGAAAAUUCAAAAGGAUGGAACCUCUGGUAAUCUUAUUUUAACACAACAGUUAUACAUAGUUUUUGUAAUGACAAAAUUUUGAAGACAUCAUCCACAUCUGAAAAAUUCGAUUUGCAUUUUUAAACCAGUGUCUACAACGAAUGUGAUGCGAGUAUCUAUAUAUUAUUGAUAUUAAUUUUCUUAGAAGUUAACGUUGCAUCUUUGAAACAUUCUUGUAGGUCUAUUAAACUCGAUGGAUUAUUGAGAAAAUUGUAAUUUAGUUGUUGAACUAUCUUUACUCGUGUAAAUGUCAUGGAUAUUACAUGUAUUUGAAGCAUAGGAAAGAUAUAUGUACAUGUAUGUUACGUAGGAGUUACAAGUUAUUGUUAAAUCGAUGUCAAAUGUCUAGACUAUGAAAACAUAAACAAUUAAAGAAGGUUUCGUAAACUGUCCAGAGUUAUCGACGACAGUUACUUUCAUGUCAUAUCAGGACAAUAGUGACAAAAAUAAAAAAAAAAAUAAAAAAAAGAGUAUAGUCGACACAGAAGACAAAUAUAGACGUGCCUUGAUGUUUUCUGUUCGAUUAAAUGAUUUUAUUAUUUAUAAUAAAAUAUAUUUUAAAAAGUA